GCUUUAACUAAGUCAAAGCUCAAGACAGACAGACGGUGAGCAGUCAUGGGAGACCAGGAGCUGGUGGAAGAUCUGCCUGCGAGCAGCUUGCGUUCAGACAACCUCAAGGAGAAUAACUCUGAGGAGCUUAAAGACAACGUGACACCCACAGAGAAGGAGAAGACUCAAGAGAAUGGAACUCCGCUGAUCGAAUCCGAGAAAGAGACGGAGAUCCAGUCAGAUGGAGACAAAGACGGUUCAACCACAGAAGAGAGCAAGAUACAGGAGGACCUUCAGGAAUCUGAAGACCCUGAGAAACCUCAAGAGGAACCGGAGGAGGUGCUGGGGCCGGAUGAUGUCUUAUGUGACUCCUGCAUUGACCGGCCAAGUCGGGCCAAGAAGUCUUGCCUGACCUGCCUGGUGUCUUACUGCGAGUCUCACCUCAGACCACAUCUGGAGAACGUGAAGUUUCAGAGCCACAAGCUGGUGGAGCCGCUGAGAGACAUCGAGAGACUGACGUGUGAGAGUCACGGCUGUCCUCUGGAGCUCUUCUGCUGUGCAGACACCUGCUGCGUGUGUCAGGAGUGUGUGACGGACAAGCACCGCAGACACAACACGCUUCCCAUCACUGAGGCACGCAAGAAAAUAGAGAGGGAACUUAAGGACAAACAGAUAGAUGUGUUAAAGACCAUCACUGCGGCUGACAACGCCAUCAACAAACUGCAGCUCAACACUGUGACAAUAGAGGCGUCUGUGAAGGAGGUGCAGACAGUGAUCGAGGAGCAGUUUAAUGUUCUUCUGUCGGCCGUGGAACAGGCCAAGAGAGAUGUGAACGAGAUUUUAGAUGUGGAACAACGUCAGGCUCUGCAACAGGCCGAAGGAAUCAGAGUUCAUAUGGAACAGCGAUGUGCUGAACUAAAGAAAACUCAGAGUCAGAUCGAGAAAAUAACAAAGAACAAAAGUGCUAUUGGCUUCCUUCAGGAGUAUUCAGAGUGGAAGAAAGAAUCGACUGAUGUGUCUUUACCUGGUGUUUAUAUCGGCCUCAUGGAUCGUCUCCAGACGUUCAGUCGUGUUGUAAAAGAGUCCACAAAAGCGAUGUGUGACCAACUGCAGAUAUUUUAUAACAACAAACUUAAAGAAAAGGAAAAUGUGGGCAUAAAGACAACCGUUUAUGCCAUUAUGGCUGCUAAACACAACAUGUCAAUCCCAAACCCAAACACCAGAGAUGACUUCCUCAAAUACAGCACGCCUCUAAACUUGGAUGCAGACACGGCGCAUCAGUUCCUGCGUCUGACAGAAGAGAAAAAGAAGGUCACGAAUACGACGCCGUGGCAACACGGCUAUCCUGACCUGCCCGAGCGCUUCGAGCACUGUCGUCAGGUGCUGACGGUCGAGAGCUUCUACCUGGGCCGGCAUUACUUCGAGGUGGAUUUGAGAGGAGAGGGCACUCACGUGGGCCUGACGUACAAGAGCAUCGACCGCAAGGGUUCUGAGAGCAACAGCUGCAUCACGGGAAACAACUUCUCCUGGUGUCUGCAAUGGAACGGCCGGAGCUUCUCCGCAUGGCACAGCGACGUGGAGACGCCUCUCAGCGUUCCUAAAGCCACACGGAUCGGCGUGUACGUGGACUACUCUCGAGGUGUCCUGACGUUCUACGACGUGGAGAACAGCAUGGCCCUCAUCCAUCAGUACCAGGCACAGUUUCGAGAGCCUCUCUACCCUGCGUUCUGGCUUCCAAAGAAGGAGAAUACCGUGCUUCUGGUGGAACCAGGAGGAGCGCUGACCCUGAAAACUCCUUCCCCUGUUUCUUCUCCAUAAGUUGCUUUUUCAUCUUGCAUCCAUGUCAUUUCCACCUCGUAGGUCCCAUUUACACUCUGUAUCUGGGAUGCACUAAUAUGCACUAGGAGACACAUUUGGGAUGAAUGUGAAUACUUGGUGCAAACAGGGUCGUAAGGGAUCAAACUUUUUUUGACUGAAGUUUUAUGACUGCCAUAAUGCAAUUAUACAAGAUGCUUCAUACUGUACUGUAUAUAAAACUAAAGAUUUUUUAAUAUCUAUUAGCGAUUUCUGUAUCUAUAUUUAUCACACUUCACAAAAUGUCUUUAAUUAACAGUUAAAUGCAUGAGAUAUAUAAAAAACACUCCAUGUUUCUAUGCAGUAGUAUUGCACAAGAGAUUGUGUCACAGAGGCACAUUGCAGUAGGCCUAUAGAGUUUAUAUGGGGGGGGCAGGUAAUGCAUGGGUUAACAGGACAGACACAUUUCUAUUGUCUUUGUUUUCAGUCUGUAUGUUAUGGAUUUCACUGCUAUAUUGUUACAUUUUGUUGCUCUGUGAGUUGUGGCAAUAACUGUGUCUGCAUAAGAAACGUCACGUCACUGCAAAUAAAAGCUAAAACUGCUACAUUGAGUAUUUGAUCCUGUUUUACCAUAACUGGUUCUACCAGUCUAUGUCACAAAGUAUACAGGAAAGUAUAUGCAUAAUGCUUUAUUCUUGUGUUGUAGGUGAAUGUCAUAUAAUAUAAUAAAAA